AUGCCCGUCUCGUACUACGACGAGGUCGAGCUCGAGGACAUGGCCUACGACGAGGAAAAGGACCUCUUCCACUUCCCCUGCCCCUGCGGCGACCGCUUCGAAAUCACUCGCCAGCAGCUCAAGGACGCAGAAGACGUCGCACGCUGCCCCAGCUGCAGCCUCAUCAUCCGCGUCGUCUUUGACCCGCUCGACUUUGAAGACGACGACGACCGCGAUGGCACCCGCAAGCACAGCAAAGCCCUCUGGACCUCUGGGAAGCUGCAACGCCGCCGCUCGCCCGACUACCGUCGCGUCGACAUGCCAAUCGUCGUCGACAUCGUUGCGCCUCUUUGA